UCUACCAAAUCCCCAUCGGGAUCCAUCCCACCCAACCAGAUCGCUCCGACCACCUCCCUCGUUUUGCGUCGCCGCCCAACCACAGCAAGCCUUCCUCGAUCAUUCAUCCACUCCACCAGCCACCCACGAGCUCCCUCACGCUCGAGGCUGCCCUCCUCGUCUCCGCGCCUCUGCUUCGCCAGAGACUGGCCUCGUCGCCGCCCAAGCCCACCGGGGCUUCAGCCAUGCCCGUGCCCUCCUCCACGCGCUGCCCCGCCGGGCCUCUCCUGCAGCCUAGUCCCUCUCCCCGGUGCUCGCGUCGCCAAGUACCUCGACCAGCCGGAGCUUCUUCCAGCCUCGCGCGCCCGAGCCCCCGAGCUCCUCUGGUCGCGCACGAGCUCCGUGACCCCGAUGGCCACUUCGUCAGUCUCGUCGCCGCCGUUGACUCGCAGGCCAGCACCUUGCCUCCUCCUGCCGACGCCCUCCACCACCCAGGCCAGCCCCCGUCGCCUUUCUCUUUUUCCUCCGUCCUUCUCCACCUCCCUAAUCUCUCUGCUCCCUCUCUGCUGCUAUGGUCAGGUGCCCCGUCGUCCGCGCCAAGACCAGCUAGCAGGCGCCCGCGUUCGUCGUCCCGAACCUCGCCUUCGCCUCACACCUCCACCUCAACUCCGGCCGGAUCGGCUCGGUUCCCCGCCGCCCCGCCAAGUCCAUGGGGCCGCCUCCCUGUCGCACGUCCGGCUUCAAUAGCAGCCAUGGAGCCGCCCCGCUUCGAUUCGGCAGGGAACGGGACCCCGACGACCUCCACCGCCCGAAUCCACCGCCUCCUGCCGCCCUUCACCUCCUACCGUCGCCCGGAUCCAGCUCCCCUCCGCCCGCCCAUCCCCGGCCUCCUGUGCUCGCCUGCUUCCUCUGCAUCGAAGCCGCUCGCCCUUUGUCUCCAUCGCCCCGAACCGGUCUCCCCUCCGCGCGUUGACCACGCCCUGCCUCACUUCGAUCUGCCUGCGAAGCCCAAGUCCAGCCAGCCGGCCUGCCUUGCCUCUUCAUCGACCGGGCCGAGGCCCAUGGUGAGGCCACCCCCAGCGCCUCUUUUCCCUUCUGUUGGGCCAGCAGAUUCGGCCCGCUUCUGGUUUUUUUCCUGUCAGCAAAUUUGUCUAAUUAUCCAGUGAAUUACAGUUUUACAGUAAAACCCUCGCACUUCAUGCAUUUAAUAACUCCACAACCGUGCAUCGGUUUAAAACAAACUAAAUAUGUAAAAUGCUUAGAAUUUUGUGUAGUUUAAUAA